CGACUGCGCAUGCGCGGGCCUCGAGCUGGAGCAAAGUUUGAAUUCGCGAGACGUUGAGUGACUUUUCUCCCCACACGUCCCACUUUCGGUCAUUUUCAUGUGAAGAGUCAUUUUCUGAUAGCAGAGAGAGAGAGAAAAUCCUGGCCAACAUGGGUGAGGCAGAGGGAGCUGCUAACCGCUGGGAAUUGAGUAAGGAGAACAUCCAGCCGCUGAAGCAGGGACGGAAGGCCACUGUCUUGUCCGUGGCCCUCGAUGAGAGUGCUGCUCGCAAGCUGAGUGCAGAGAGGCACAUUUUUGAAGAGGAAUUACGCACAUAUUCUGGAGAUGAUCCCUUAGAUGUAUGGUACCGUUACGUCCUUUGGGUUGAGCAAAACUACCCCAAAGGAGGUAAGGAGGGAAACAUCACAAAGCUCAUUGAAAAAUGCGUCACGGCCCUGCAUACCAGCAAAGACACCCACAAGAAAUAUGACAAUGACUCUCGUUUCUUGGAACUCUGGAUUAAAUAUGCAAAUUUAUGUCCCAGUCCAGUGGAAAUCUAUCAGACGUUGGAAGCCAAAGGAAUGUGUACAGGUCUUGCCGAAUUCUACAUGAGCUGGGCAUGGGAGAUUGAGAAAGUGGGUAACUACAAACGUGCAGAUGCAGUUUAUCAGAAGGGUCUCCAGAGUGGUGCUAAGCCAUUUGAUGUCCUGGAAGAUGCACAUAAAAAGUUCCAGAUGAGAGUUACCCGCUCAACACUGGAAGGAAAACUGGUGGAGACUGAUACAAGUUCCUCUGAAGCCCAAAGAGCUGCACUCGCCUCCCUGAAACCACAGGGACGCAAGCACCAUGUCCCAGUUGAGCGUGUGGGAGCUAAUGUCAUUGGGUCUGCAGGAAGGGUAGCUGUUGCCCCUCCCACAAGCAACCGUGGUGGACCAGCAUUUCAGAUUUUCCAAGAUAGUGGUGGCCGGUCAGUGGCUUCUCAGAGAGAUGCCUCGGGAGGAGUUCUGCCAGUCCGAACAGCAGUGAACAAGGAGAAUGUCAAAGACCCUGGUGUUUGGUCAAAGGCUAAAGCUAGCCAGAGAACCACUCCUGUUGUACCUGUGGAAGACCUCAACAAAUACCAAAAGCCUGCAUUCUCAUUGCAUGAAGAUGCUCAACUCUCGCAGCCAACAACCACCCCAGCAAAACUCCCACAGACAAGUAAUGUUCUAAGCAUUCGCAAGAAAGAGUUUGAGGAGUGGCAUGUCCCCAUGUUUAUCUCAGAGCCAUUUGACCCAAAAGUCCAACCACAGUAUUGCAAACAUAAGGUGUAUUGUGGAACAGAGGAGUUCAGCUUUGAAGAGCUUCGGGCUGCAAAAUUUUUCAAGAAGCGUAAAGAGGAGGAGAAAAAGAAUGCUGAGCUUCAACAAAUGCAGGAUAUGCUCAAGAAGCAAGAGGAGAUGAUCCAGCAGUUGCUGCAGGAACGUUUGUCGCAGCAAAAGAGAGAGGAAUCAGAGUUAAGGGCUCCUGAAAUGGUCUCCCCGGCAGAACCUGUCUUGGAAGUCAGUUCAGUCAGAAGAAAAAGACAGAAGGCAGGCAUAUCUAUUGUUUUUCAUGUAUACACCUUUUCUCUGUGUUGCAUCAUGCUUGUGAAUCAAGUGUGUAUGCUUGAUUGCCUUCUUUCAUGA